AUGGAUACGAUUGUAGAGACUAUUCUGUUCUCAUUUAUUGACCCACCGAAUGUCAGAAUAUUAUCUCCAAGAUGGCUCAAAAUGCCUUCACCAAUGCAGGUGUUUGCUCUAGUGAUGGUUACUUACUUUUUUGUUACUGGAGGUGUCAUCUACGAUAUUAUAAAUGAGCCUCCAGGCAUCGGACAAACAACGGAUGAGAGAGGCAAUGCAAAACCAGUUGCUAUAAUGCAAUAUCGAAUUAAUGGACAGUAUAUUAUGGAAGGCUUAGCUGCAAGCUUUAUGUUUUCUUUGGGAGGUCUUGGUUUUAUUAUACUUGAUAAAUGUAAUAAUCCGUUAACGCCAAAGUUGGAUCGAAUAAUGAUGUUAGGACUAGGUUUUGCCAGCGUUCUUAUUGGUUUUUUGUCUACUCGAAUGUUUAUGAAAAUCAAGAUGCCAUCUUAUUUACAAGGUAUUAUGGGCUGA